ACAGAGUUUUAAAUGUCCUCUUUAUUGACAUUCUCUACCUUUUUUAUUUGAAUAAUUAAAAUCUGUUAUAAGUAUUGAUCUAUGUAACUAGCAAAAGUGGUCUUGUUUAGAAACUAAAUAAGAUGCAGUAACAAAUGGGAUGCAACUCUUCUCAUCAAGAAUCUUCCGCAAAUUCAGGAAAUCGGAGUUCUCUCUUAACCCCAGCUACUGUAACAAGUACUGACUCAUUUAGUUCAAAAUCUGAACGUCGAGUUCAGUUUAACAAAGAAGUUCAGGUUGUUCGAAGCCCUGCAAACGUAUCGUCAGUUAGAUUUAGCAUACCUGGAACUCCAACGCCGGAAGCAGAGGACGUUCGAAGACCUUACCCACCACAAAAGAAGAGGCGUGACCUGAUACCCGACUCAACUGUAUUUAAAAAGAUCGAUGAAAAUGCAUUGAAGGCACCAAACUAUAAAGAACCAACUGUUUUAAAACUUGCCCAGUAUCUGAGACGAGAAUGUGUCAGUGACUUGGAGAAGAUCCGGGCGUUUUAUAUCUGGAUAACUAACAAUGUACACUACGAUACGGAGUCCCACUUUAGUGGAAGGAGUCGACCAGUGGAUGCACUGACUGUAAUGAAAUGUAAGGUGUCAGUAUGUGAAGGCUAUGCCAAUCUGUUCGCUGAACUCUGCAACUGUUCAAACAUACAUGCCAAAAUAAUUCCGGGAUUUGCCAAAGGCUUUGGACACACUCCAGCCAAGAGAUUUAAUUAUAGGGGAUCGAUUAAUCACACAUGGAAUGCUGUGUAUGUCGACGACGAAUGGCAUUUCAUGGAGUGUACAUGGGGAGCGGGAUAUAUCGAUAAAAAUAAGAGAUUUGUUUGGCGUUAUAAUGAAAACUACUUUUUACCGGACCCAGAAACCAUGAUAUUUACCCACUUCCCAUAUUUUGACCCAGAAGUGGAUGAAAGCAAAUUAUGGCAGUUGCUUCCAAAAUCAAUUGAUCUGAAAACAUUCAAUUUGAACAUAAAACCAACAAAUAAAUCUUUAGAAUGGGGUAUUGAGUAUGAAAGCCACAAGUCUGCAGUAAUUGACUGUACCAAGGAAUUAGUUGUAAUUUUCAAAACAGACCUUGUCAAAUUAUGUGACACGUCAGUUUAUUUGAUGGACAUUGAUGGUAAUAUGCUGCAACAUCAUGCUAUUGUACUAAACGGUCCAUAUGACAAUGCGUUCAAGGCCAUAAUUCGUCCUCCAAAAGUUGGCGGCUAUAGCGUUAAAUUAUUCGCAACUACAUCUUCAGACAACAAAGUACUCAGUUUGAUUAAUGAAUAUUUUGUACGGUGUAGAGAAAUAGAGCGCCGACUUGAUCCUUAUCCAGAGUACUAUGGGUAUUAUGGCCCGGUUCAUGGAUAUCUCGACUUUGGAAUUAGUAAAGGUGCCGACAUACGACCAUUCUAUGAAGUACAUGACGGGUUCAUUGACCUUUUAAUUCCAGUCGAUUACGACGUCGAUGUUACAGCAAGACUGACAUAUUCACAUGGAGAAAUACCGAACAUGGACGAUUUUGUUAUGAUACAGGCAAUUCCAAAAUCAAUGGUAGUGAAUGUUAAAUUUCCUAAAAGUGGAUACUAUAAACUUACACUGUCUUUCAAAAAUGAUAAGGGAAACUAUAGGGAGGCUAUCAAUUGCUUGAUAAACUGCGUACGUCCGUCCAAACCUUGUUAUCCAUAUCCUAGAACUCUGCGCCAUGCUAGAGAAUUAAAAUGCCACUUGAUUCAGCCUCUCAGCCAAAUCUUGCCAUGUAAUAAGAACAUAACAAUAAAGAUAACAUGUGAAAAUAUGAUUGCCGUGAUGGUAAGAAAGCACAAAUUCAAAAGAAUUGGCAAAAAAUAUUGGGAUUUUACAUUUGAAACGCCAAACAUGGGUGAAAGGAUUGUUAUCUAUGGACUAGAUGAAGAAGAUCACAGAAUGCCAUUGUAUGAAUUCAUUACUGCUUGAGUUUAUUGGUUGGUUUGCCAUUGAAAUGGCAUGAUAUUCAAAAGUGAUCAUUUAACGGGUUCAAUAUUAACAUGGUGUUUCGAAAGUGCAUGCUGACUUGUUCUUUAGUAGGCAUUAACCUUUCCUUUACAUGAACAAUAAAAUAAUUUAAAAGAGUU